ACCCUGAGUUCAUCAUCUCAGGCAGACUCUCCUUUUAUCCUCCAGCAGACAUCACUCCAUCCUCUGUCAUCUGUAACUAUCACAUAAAGUAUUAGAGGCUGUUGUGAAGGAGUCAUCAGACUCUACAUACUCGGAGGAGUGGAGGGGCUGCCUGGCAGUCCAGGCUCAGGACAAAAGUAGCUCCACGACCUGCAGCACAAACCAGUACGGUGUAUGGUAGUCUUCAGGCCACAACAGGGUAAAGCUCCUCAGUGUUGAUAGUCUCCUACAGCUGGUGUUGUGGAUGAGACAGAUCGGAUCAGAGAAGAAACAAGAACCAUGUUUGAAAACUUCAGAGAGAGACUUCACAUGGUCCAGCAGGAUUUCACCACCGGCUUAAAGACUCUUGGAGACAAAUCAAGAGACACCAAAAUCAAGAGGAGACCCAGGUUUGAAGAAAGCCUUCCUCAUUUCAGUGCUGGACUGGAAAUCCUCAGCAGGUAUGAGGAGAAUUGGUUUCUGCUCCACAAAAGAACUAAAGACUGUGCUCAGGCUGCAGAGGCAGUAGAUGGGGACAUAGUGAUGCUCUCAGCACACUGGGAGAGAAGAAGAGCAGCUCUGACUCAACUACAGGAACAACUGCAAAGUUUACCAGCCUUUAUCAGUGAACUUGAUGCUAUCACUGCUAACAUAGCUCAUUUGGAAGGUGACUUUGAAGAGAUGGAGAGCAGACUGGUUUACCUGGAGACUCUGUGUUGUGAGUGUGAACAACAGACGUUCAAACAACAUCAUAUCAACCAGCUUGAAGUUUAUAAGAAAAAGAAGAGGAGGGAGCUGGAGGCACUGGAAGCGGAGCUGAAUUCUGAGCAUGCUCAGAAAGUGGCAGAGCUGGAGCAGGCCAUGCAGCAAAAACUGAGAGAACGACAGAAAGUCUAUGAAGAAGCCUUUCACCAAGAUAUGGAGCAGUACCUGUCCACUGGAUACCUACAGCACAGAGAGCCAACAGGAGCUGAUGUGAGUGUUCUAGAUCAGAUGACAGUAACUAACAUAUCAGACCAGGAGGCUCUGGAUGACUUCCUGAACUCCACCGGUGAUGACAUCAGUACUGGCUCAUCACUGACCUCAGGUCCAGACCUUGAGUCCUGCUCUUCUGGAUCUUCAAGAGGCCAAAUGAACCAAGCCCCUCCCACAAACAACCAACCAUCCAACCAGAGCGCAGUAUGGGAGCGAGAGGAGGAGGUGGCCAGUGAGGAGAGUGAUGAACCUCUGGUGCAGUCAGAUGAAGAGGAUGUUCAACUAGAUAUGUCACUGGUUGGCCUGCAGGAUGUUAGCACAGUAAAGGGCUCUGAUGACAGUGACUCGACAGGGGACCUGCCCUCUGGGUAACUUAGCAACCAGGAUCUUGACACUCCUCCUUGAGUACUGGAAUACUAACUACUGUUAACCCUCAGACAUACCCCUCUGGUGUCCUCUGCUUUGACUUGACACAGCUCUCAUUUCCAGCCAAUAUGAUCUACCACUUUACUGCUUCUUUCCUCUGAAGACUGAGGUCAAAAACUGCUGUUUUCAGAUGUGUGAAAAUGCCCUCAACACAAAUGCUGAAUUUCUCUAUGGUUGGGACUUGACGUUAGAAAAUGUGGUCAGAGUUAGUAAAGCUGACUAACUGAGUUGUUAUUGAUUCACAGUUAACCCAAAUAAAAUGAAUUAGUUUGUGAUCACUGACAGAAAACCUUCUUCAUGAAUAGAGCCAAGUCAGUGCAACAGAGUGAAUGCUUGACAUUCAUCCUUUGAUAUAAGACUUCCUCAUCUAGUCAGGGACAUGAGAUUAUAUUAAUUGUCUAAGGCCUAAAUUUGGCCAUAUAGCACCUUGGCAGUCACAAGCUACAACAACUUCAAAUCGUUUUAGGUUGGGGCAAAUCUCCCUCUAAUAAAUCUUAUAUGUGGCAAGUCAGCAUAUUUCAUUUCUGACUGUUUAAGCCCUCAAUACUCAGAUUUAUUGUACCUUGUAUUUACCUUUGUACUCGCAAAUAAGCAAAGAGCAGCUAAUUACUGCAAUAAUACUGUCUGAGGAAGCAGCUGCAGUGAAUGAGACCAUACUGUAGCCGGUGCCUCUGUCCAUCAUCUGUAACAGAAGAGUCUGGAUGUACUGGUCAGCUUUUGAACAGGAAACACGCUGAACUGUCCUGCUUCAAGUCUAGACAAGAAAUAUGGAACGACAUAUUUCUCCACCAGAUCUCCAAACUGGCAGUCAACAGUUCCUGAAGGAUAAGGCUGGUGAUAUUCUGUAUUUUUCUUAUUGUAAACAAAUGCCAUGAAAACCAACAGUGAGGUGAUCCCAAUCACAAGUUUUGUGAGGCACCAAAACACAGUGAAGCUGUUGAUAAUACCAUGAGACAGGAUUUUACAACAGUGCAAGUUAUCAUGUUGAUUGUUAAGUUCCUCUCUAUUGUGACGAUUGCCAGGUAAACAGUAGAAUACCCUCUUCACUUCAUAAUUUACCACAGACAGGGAAGGCAAAUCAGGAAGCACUGAGAGAUAAAUACAAAAUAAAGACAAAUACAUUGUUGCUUUUAGUCUUUUCAUUGAAUUUGUUGACAGUAAGAAAAAUGUUGAAUAACACCGGACUUAUCCUCUAACAUUUCUAAAUUGUUGUUUAUGAUUAUGAUUUGUUUAAUCAUGACUAUGAGUAAUGUUUAUCUGACAAUUAGAUGAACAAGUCUGUCUUUGUAACCUGACCUGAAUAAAAACUGUGUUAUUUA